GUGUGGCGACAUUAGAUUAGGGUAUUGCCCCGUGCAGUUUGACUGGGCAAUAUUAGCUUAUCUGAGUUGCUUAUCCUCACGGGGGUCGCGGGAGUACUGGAGCCUAUCCCGGCUCACUCCGGGUAGGAGGCGGGGUACACCCUGAACUGGUCGCCGGGCGACCGCAGGGCAAUUUAGUCUGAACAUGUCACCUUUGAAUUGAGAAGAUUACGAUAACAAAAGUGUUUGGAUGCAAAAUGUAGACAAAGCCCCACGGAUGUGACGUCAUCCGAAACGUGUCGGAACCUCGGAGUUGGUCAAGUUUCGCUUUCGUGUGUCAACUACAAGCGCACGGCGCGUGCGUGCGAACGAAGCGAACCGAGCAGUACCGGCCUGGCUCCGCUCCGGCUCCAUCGGCUCAGCCGUUCCGGGUUUUGGCGGCCUCUCUCGCGGCAGUGGGAGGAAGCGGAGCCACCAGAGGCGAGCGCAGCCAGCCAGCCAGCCAGCCAGCCAGCCUGCCGAGUCCCGCUAUCGAGCGAAAGUCGACAAAAACACGGAGGAGGCUGACAUGUUUGCUACCGCAGUCGGCGAGUGCUUUGCUUGGUGAGCCCCAGGGAUACAAGCAACCCCCAGGACGCGCAACACUCGGACGGAGAGAGAUCGCGGGGAACUGGCGGGGCACGAAGCUCAAUCGCCCCGCACCUCCCGUUUUAUUUGACGGGGCGCUGCCACGCCAAGGACCCCGGUGGUCUCCAGAGUGCCUCGUGUAGCGACGUCGCCGCUGCAGUUUGCGCCUUUGGUCGCGGAGGAAGUUGAGCGAGCAAAGCCGCCUACCCUCCCCCAGCCACCUCGAGCAGCCUUCGGCGCGGGCUGCCCCGGCGACGACGCUCCCCUGAAGCUCCGCGAGCCGAGCCGCCAUGGAGGCGCUCGGGGCGCGAUAACGUCUUUUAAGUGGGCGCCUGCGGGUCGUCUUUCGUUCUUAAGGGGAGGAAACCUGCCCGACCUUCCCCUCGAGCGUGAGAGGCACACGUCAACCUGCCGGCUCGCCUAGCCUGUUAGCGCCCAUGCUAACUAGCCAACUUUAUUUAUAAUAUACUCUUCCAAAAAGAACCGCGGCCGCAAAGAAGGUUCCGUGCACAAAAGCAAAUAAAAUACAACCGGAACAUAUUUUUUUACAAGAACGUUGCAUUUGGCUUCCUGGCUAGCUACAUGCUAUCUAGCGCAGCUAACAUCGCCGUCGAGGUUAGCCUCCUGACGCUAGCAUUUUGCAUCCUGACGUGAGCUCGUCAUCCUCGGCGAGCGCCGUAGCGCAGGCGGCCAGGCAGCCUUGGUUGUCCACCGCUCGCGGGAGCUCAUUUCGCGUCGGCGGGGAGCCGCGGGCAGGCAGGCAGGAGUGUAUGUGGAAUGCAAACGAGGCUCGCUCGUUUCCGUUUGCUCGCUGGCAGACAUUUGCAUUGCGACGAGGAGCGUUUUAAAAGAGGCGAAGGGAAGCGAAGCGGCCGUCGGAGGAUAUUCGCAGCUCGUCAGCCGGAACAAAUCUCCCCGCUCAAGGCCGGCGUGGACGUUGUCUUGGAGGGGGAGCACAUGCUGCGUCGAGGCGGGGGGAUCCCUCGGGGAGCCGCGGCGCGUUUGUGACUCUGCCGCGCACUUAAUGGGAUUACGAAGUCGCCGAUUGAACGUUUGACGAUGGCGCUGUGAGGCGGCCGUGGACAAUCACAGGAACCCCCACCCGAGAACCAGCGGGAGCAGCGGGCCCCCGGCAGCCCCCCCACACCCACCCCGGGCCAUUGAUGGUGGUCCCAUCUGGCGUCGGAGGAGCUCCGUGUUUGUGAACGAGUCUCGAUCGCGAAGAUGGCGGACCUGGAGGCCGUGCUGGCCGACGUCAGCUACUUGAUGGCGAUGGAGAAGAGCAAGUCGACCCCCGCCGCCAGAGCCAGCAAGAAGAUCAUCCUGCCCGAACCCAGCAUCCGCAGCGUCAUGCAGAAAUAUCUGGAGGAGCGCGAUGAACUGGCCUUCGACAAGAUCUUCAACCAGAAGAUCGGCUUCCUCCUCUUCAAGGACUUUUGUCUGAACGAGAUCGACGAGGCCGUGCCGCAGCUCAAGUUCUACGAAGAAAUCAAAGACUACGAGAAGCUGGACUCCGAGGAAGAAAGACUCAGUCGCAGUCGGCAGAUCUACGACGGUUACAUCAUGAAGGAACUGCUGUCGUGUUCGCAUCCUUUCUCCAAAAAAGCCGUUGACCACGUCCAAAGUCACCUGGCCAAGAAGCAGGUCCCCCCCACGCUGUUCCAGCCGUACAUCGUGGAGAUCUGUGACAGCCUGCGAGGGAAAAUCUUCCUCAAGUUCAUUGAGAGCGACAAGUUUACGCGAUUUUGCCAGUGGAAGAAUGUGGAGCUCAACAUACACCUGACCAUGAACGACUUCAGCGUCCACCGCAUCAUCGGCCGCGGCGGCUUCGGCGAAGUUUACGGAUGCAGGAAGGCCGACACGGGAAAGAUGUACGCCAUGAAGUGUCUGGACAAGAAGCGCAUCAAGAUGAAGCAGGGCGAGACUUUGGCGCUGAACGAGCGGAUCAUGCUGUCGCUCGUCAGCACGGGGGACUGCCCGUUCAUCGUGUGCAUGACGUACGCCUUCCACACGCCCGACAAGCUCUGCUUCAUCCUGGACCUCAUGAACGGCGGCGACCUUCACUACCACCUGUCGCAGCACGGCGUGUUCAGCGAGAAGGAAAUGCGCUUCUACGCUGCCGAGAUCAUCCUGGGCCUGGAGCACAUGCACAACCGCUUCGUGGUCUACAGAGACCUGAAGCCCGCCAACAUCCUGCUGGACGAACACGGCCACGUUCGCAUCUCCGACCUGGGCCUCGCCUGCGACUUCUCCAAGAAGAAACCUCACGCCAGCGUGGGCACCCACGGCUACAUGGCCCCCGAGGUCCUCCAGAAAGGGACGGCGUACGACAGCAGCGCCGACUGGUUCUCGCUAGGCUGCAUGCUCUUCAAGCUCUUACGAGGGCACAGCCCGUUUCGGCAACACAAGACCAAAGACAAACACGAGAUCGACAGGAUGACGCUGACUAUGAAUGUGGAACUUCCUGACUCGUUCACGGCCGAACUCAAAGAACUUCUGGAAGGUCUCCUGCAGCGCGACGUCGCCAAGAGGCUGGGAUGCCAGGGCCGAGGGGCGUCCGAGGUCAAGGAGCAUCCCUUCUUCAAAGGCAUCGACUGGCAGCAGGUCUACCUGCAGAAGUACUCGCCGCCGUUAAUCCCGCCCAGAGGGGAAGUCAACGCCGCCGACGCGUUCGACAUCGGCUCCUUUGACGAGGAGGACACCAAAGGCAUCAAGCUCUUGGAUAGCGACCAGGAACUCUACAAGAACUUCCCGCUGGUGAUUUCCGAGCGUUGGCAACAGGAAGUUGCCGAGACGGUCUACGACGCCGUCAACUCCGACACGGACAAGAACGAGGCUCGCAAGAGGGCCAAAAACAAACAAUUGGGACACGAGGAAGACUACGCGCUCGGCAAGGAUUGCAUCAUGCACGGCUACAUGCUGAAGUUGGGCAACCCGUUCCUCACGCAGUGGCAGCGCCGCUACUUCUACCUGUUCCCCAACCGGGUGGAGUGGCGGGGAGAGGGAGAGUCACGGGAAACAUGGCUGGCGAAACACUUGACGCAGCUCAAAGACUCGCAAAACCUUCUGACGAUGGAGCAAAUAGUUUCUGUGGAGGAGACGCAGAUUAAAGACAAAAAGUGCAUCUUGCUGCGUAUCAAAGGAGGGAAGCAGUUUGUGCUGCAGUGCGAGAGCGACCCCGAGUUGGUGCAGUGGAAGAAAGAGCUGACCGACGCGUUCACCGAAGCUCAGAAAUUGCUGCGUCGCGCUCCCAAGGUCAUCGGCAAGAGUCGCACCGGCGGAGUGGUGGAGCUCUCCAAACCCCCCCUGACGCACCGCAACAGCAACGGCCUGUGAAUUGCGCGUGCUCAAGCGCGUCAUACGCGUCGCACGAACACACACAACACACGACGCAUUACGACCAAUUGAUGUUUUCCCGGCAUGGGACUUUUGCCAGAUGUGGAGUGGAAGCAGCAUGUGAAGAACUUUGCAUGAACACCCCCACCUAGGACCCCCCCUCACACACACACACACACACUCACGUUAUGAAGCGCGUCAGGCGACAACAUGGCGUCUUCCCGGAGGGAGCGGGCCGAACGUUCCGCUGUGGCAAACGGGAAGCCGACGCCGUUUCCUGUUGCUAUGGUAACUACACACUGGGGAGUCUUGUAUAUAUUUGUGUCUGUGUUUGCGACAUCUGUAUAGGAGGGGCGGGGCUAAAACGGGAAGCAUUUGUCACCAUUCGCGCAGGAAACAGGAAGCGAGCUCCGAAAGGAGGCGGAGUCAUCAACGUUAGCCCUGUUAGCAUCUCAGUGCUAAAAACACCCAAAAGACUUCUUGGUACAGUGCAGAAGAGGGACGAACGCGCACACGCGCUCUGGAAUGCUCAAGAAUGAAAAGAAGAAGAAGAAGAAGUGGCGUUCCGGAACAGACCUCGACCCCGACAGUCCUGAAGGAUCUCGCGGGUUCUGGAAUCGAAAUCUGGCGAUGGCUCGUGAACCAUGUGUAUUAUUCCACAUUUUCAAGACGUCUACAGUGCCCGCAAGUUUGAUGACAAAUUGAAAUUCUUGUUGAAUAUGCAACAAAAAUAUUUUUGGGGAAAACUUGGAUGCAUUUCGACCAUUCAGCAUGAUUGGGGCGCGUUCUGCAUCAUGCGUUGGGAGUGUUUCCCCCCAACAUUGUAGAAGGUCCUCCCAACAUUUUAGAGCAAUCGACGUUCCAGUUUUACUUGGACAACAAUCAAGAAAGAGCGUCGCCAACAUAAAACAUUCUCGAAUCAUCUGCGGUGUUCCAAACUUAAUGCUUGGAAACAGAAGCAAAAUGCUGUGGAAUAAACUUCCUAAAUCUUUUUGGAAUCAUUUCGAAGGCCCUUGUUCUCCGAGGCUCUACGACAUUUUCCAGAAUUCCACGUUCUGUAGCAUUCUAGGAUCUCCAGCGUUCGGCAUUGUUACCGUGUUUUAGUGUUACGCCAUCAACGUUGGACAGUCUUGUUCCGCAUUCUAGAAGGUUGUAUCGCUACGUACUUGGUUCAAAAUCCUUCUGGAAUGUUCUAGAGCGCUCCGGUGACGCCGAUAAGAGCUCGGCGAGUGCGGCGGCGGAGAUAGCGCCGUCAGCCCCGUUAGCGGCAUUAGCGCCGCCGGUUGGUCGGUCGGUGGCGGCGGGCGGGCGGGCGCCGCCCCGCCUCGCCUCGCCUCGCCGGGUGUUUUUAAUUUUAAUUUAAUUUUUUUUUUUU